CUCGUUAAUUUUCCUUAGUUAUUAAUUUCUACCGAUUUAUUCACGUACUUAUCGUCUUCUCAUAUGUCAUUUGUUUGAUUACCACAAGAUUUUAACGUUCUAAAACAUUUCCUAAUCAUGGAUGCAAAAACAUUAAAAAAGAAUAGAGGUUCUGUAAAGGCCAAAUUGACAAUAUUUAAGGGCCAUCUCGAACAACUGACACCUUGCACCAAAUUAAACACCUUGCAGUUUCGUGAACUAUCCGCACGCCUCAACCGCAUUAAUGAAUUGUAUAAAGAAUUUGACUCUAUUCAAAAUAAUUUGGAAACUUUAUCGGACACUCCAGAAGACGAGUUUAAAGAACGACAGGAGUUCGAGGCUGGAUAUUUCAGCACGGUCGCUGCCGCGCAGGAGCUGCUGGACCGGAGUGUGGAGCGCCCGGCCCCUGCGGGCCACGACCUGGCCGUGGCAGGAUCCAGCACUGCCAAUGAUUCAGGUGCAUUUCUUCCAACACUUAAGUUACCUACGAUACAUCUACCUACAUUUGCUGGUGGCUAUCAAGAUUGGCUAGAAUUCCACGACACGUACAUGAGUCUCAUUCAUCUAAAUGAUUCAAUUCCAAAAAUUCAAAAAUAUCAUUACUUACGAUCAUCACUAAGGGAUAAUGCAGCCUUGUUGAUCCAAUCAUUAGACCUAUCAGGUGACAAUUACGAUGUAGCCUGGGAUUUACUAUGUGAGCGCUACAACAACACCAAGUUAUUAGUAAACAAUCAUUUGAAGGCUCUCUUCAAUCUUGAACCCAUGUUCAAGGAAUCGUCCACGGGCCUUCGUAAUAUCAUUGAUUCGGUAAAUAAAAACAUUAGAGCUCUAAAAACACUACAUCUGCCCACGGAGCAUUGGGAUGCGAUAAUAAUUUACGUUAUCUGCACAAAAUUAGACCACGCAACACUGAAGGAUUGGGAGAUGCAGCGCGGACCCAACAACGCAAUUCCAACAUUUUCGGAAUUUAAUUCAUUUAUAAAAAACCGCGCUGCAUGGCUGGAAUCCAUCGAAGAAAAUCACCAAAAACUGCGUAGAUAUAGCGAUACUCCACCCGUUCGCGCCAAAACCUUUGUGGCAAAUUAUUCGAACUCCGCGCAUGCGACUGGCUCCAAUCCUUCACAAAAUUCCUAUUUCUGCCCAAUUUGUAAACAAUCACAUAGCAUAUAUGAAUGCACAAAAUUCAGAUCCAUGACCAUAGAAGGGAGGAUGGAUAAGGUAAAACAAUUAAACCUUUGCCAGAAUUGUCUGCGUAAAGGUCACGAUGAAACACAUUUUUGGAACCGUUUCUACAAGGAAUACAUAUCCGAGCUCCAGCAGAGGAACAAAUGGCGCACAAUUGGAGAGCAGCCACAAACAGGGGAACUUGUGCUAGUGAAGGACGAUCGAUUACCCCCAAAUCGAUGGCUGCUAGGCAGAGUCACGGCAGUAUACCCCGGCACGGACGGGGUCAAUAGAGUGGCAGAUCUGAUCACGAGGGCCGGGACGCUCAGAAGAGCGUACAACCGGUUGUGCCCUCUUCCACUCUUGGAACAGACCGUUACAAGGGGGGGACCAUGUUGA